GCCGUGUCGAUAUCUUCAAAUAAACUCACGACCACAACUCGUUUUCUUUGUUUAAAAUCCACGCUCAGCCGGAGUGGUUGGUAUUUGUCCAAUCCCAACCACCCUCCUGUGCCUCACAAACCAAGAUUCACUUGUUUUUCAGAUUCUCCCUCGCUCGUCUUCUGAUGCGCAGUCUGUGUAUAUAAAAGACAAGUCUUUUUAGAUCUAAUAAUACCCUUUUGAUUUUUCAGAUUCACUUGGCCCCGUCUUUUCCUUUUCACUGUUGCUGCCAGCUCCGCAGAUGGGGGACGUAGUCAAGGACCUAACUGCUGGGACUGUGGGAGGGGCAGCACAAUUGAUUUGUGGACACCCCUUUGAUACCAUAAAGGUCAAACUCCAAAGCCAGCCUGCACCACUUCCAGGCCAACCACCCAAGUAUGCUGGUGCCAUGGAUGCUGUCAGGCAAACUUUAGCCGCGGAAGGCCCUAGAGGUUUGUACAAGGGCAUGGGUGCUCCACUUGCCACUGUUGCAGCCUUCAAUGCUGUUCUGUUCUCAGUUAGGGGACAAAUGGAAGCAUUGUUGAGGUCUGAACCUGGUGCACCCCUUACAGUUAACCAGCAGGUCAUUUGCGGGGCUGGGGCUGGAGUUGCCGUUUCUAUUUUAGCUUGCCCCACUGAAUUGAUCAAAUGCAGGUUGCAAGCCCAAAGUGCAUUGGCAGAUUCUGCCUCAACUGGUGCAGCAGUGAAAUAUGGGGGGCCAAUGGAUGUGGCAAGGCAUGUUCUUAGAUCAGAAGGAGGUGUUAGGGGCCUCUUCAAGGGCUUGGUUCCAACAAUGGCUCGUGAAGUGCCUGGGAAUGCUGUCAUGUUUGGUGUCUAUGAAGCUCUGAAACAAUUCUUUGCAGGAGGCCAGGAUACUUCCAAGUUGGGAAGAGGCUCUUUGAUUGUGGCUGGUGGCCUGGCUGGGGGUUCCUUUUGGCUAUUAGUCUACCCCACUGACGUUAUCAAGAGUGUGAUUCAGGUCGAUGAUUACAGAAACCCCAAGUUCUCCGGGUCCAUGGAUGCAUUUAGAAAGAUCCUAGCAUUGGAAGGCAUUAAAGGCUUGUACAAGGGUUUUGGCCCUGCCAUGGCCCGCAGUGUUCCUGCUAAUGCAGCAUGCUUCCUGGCAUAUGAGGUUACCCGGUCUAGUUUGGGGUAGUUUUGUUUCUGUACCCCGAUUACUGACCAAUGAUUUGGAUGAAAUUUUAGUCAUUUGAUCUUAACACCAUUUCCCAUUCUCAUAAAAUGAAAUCCUCUUUUGAAGAAAA